AUGUCGUCAACGACAUCUUUCCGGUCGACAUGCAGCAGAUGGCUCGCGAUAGCCGGCGCACUGUCGGCCUGCCUGCAGCCAGCGCUCGCCGCCUACGUGCAGUUUCAGGACUGCAUCGACGCGAUCCCAAUGCCGAGACUCGCCAACCAGACGCACUUCGUGCCCGAAUCUCUGCGCGCCGAGCUGCGCCAGUGGAAUGAUGCGACGGAGAUCGACCUGCAAGUCUGGGGGCGCUUCCCGGGAGUGCGCACCUGCGAUGAUGCGCCUGCGUCGGCCCUCUCACGGCUCACCGUGGCCUCUGCCUCCGGUACGGCCGUCUACGAGACCGAAGCGGCCAAUGUGACCUGCGAUCCAGAGGUGUACUUCGCGGCCCGGCAGGGCGUGCUUGUCGGAUACAACAUUCAGUAUUCUGUCGACCGCAUGCAUCCUGUCGAGACCUUUGAGCUGAAAGUCCGCCUUCAGGGCGACGACCGCAUACCUUUCGCCUGCCUCGAGGCACCACUGACACCUGAGAUCGGGUCCGGCGUCACUGCCGUUGCUCGGUGGGUUCCGGCCUGCGUUCUGGCCCUGGUGAUCAUAGCGGCUGGCCUGACAUCGCUUUCGCAACUGCCAUCGAGCUCUGGGUUUGAGAUAGACCAAGCCGGACCGUUCUUCCGCGAGGCCAGCCGCUCGCACCUCACGCACGUUGCCGACUGCCUUUCCUACAUCCAAUUCAUCUUCUUCUCGGGUGUUCUGAGCAUCAACUACCCCGGAUUCUUUCAGCCCGUGGUCAGCCACAGCAGCUGGUCCACGUUGAUGACCUCCACCGGCCCGGCCGCUCAUACCUCGCCCUACUAUGGGAUCAAGGAUGGUAUCUACGAGGUCAACGGCACAUUGACCGGCACCUACGGCAUGGAGCUCAUGACCCAGGUCAUUGGGGCCCCGGUCACCAUGGAGACGUGGACAAAUGUCAUCACCUACACAGCCAUGGUCUUCGUAAUCCUCGUCGUGAUCGUUCAGGUCGGAAAGCGCCUCGACCAGACCCGAGACUGGUUCGCACCCCCGCCGACUGCUGAGGCCCAAGCCGCCCAAGCCCUCAGCGGUAUCCAGCACACUGCUUGGACGGCUUUCAGAGCACUGGUCAGCUACUUCCUCCUCCCGCUCGUGGCAUGGACGGCAUACCAGCUUGACCACGCUCGGGUUCUUCCCUACUACCACACGACCAUCUGUUCCGUCGUCCUCUUUGUAUUGGUCGCGUGCUACAUGUGGGCUGCCAGCCGGUCUACCCCUCGCGAUAUGGGCUACCUUAUCCUCGACAGCUCCAAGGACAGCCUGACCCUGGCCUCCAUGUCCCGCUCGCAGGAUGUCCUUAGCAUCGCAAUGUUCGGCCUGCUGUUCGCGCGCGGCGCUGCCAUUGGUGGCCUGCAGCUUGCCGGCCUUCCUCAGCUGGUGUUUCUUCUCACCUGCGAGAUCGUCCAGCUCGCUCUGAUCACCCUGCUUCGUACCCCGGCCGCUCUCCUCACCAUCAGCGGUCUGACUACCGUGGCGCGCCUGCUCGUCACCCUGUUGUCGGUUCUCUUCCUUCCCGGAGUCGCUGGUCUCGAGCUCAAGUGCAUAUUUGGCUACGUCAUCCUCGCACUGCAUGCCAGCAUCCUUUUGUUUGGUUUUCUUUGCCCGUCUCUGUUCCAGAUCGCCCGUGUCGCUGCACUAGCCCUGAGCGGUUCCGCAUCCGACUUUUCCGAACCCCGUCGGGAGGAGCCCCAGAUCUACGGCCUUCGCAGGCUGCGCCAGCGCCCUUCCAACGCCAGCAAUCUGGUUCUCCCCACCGUGCCUUACCUAGCCACGAUGCAGCCCACGCCAUCCCCGUCGCACCACGGGCGCUUCCCGAGCGCUUCCUCCUCGCCCAGCCAGAGCAACAGCACCGAGAGCCCCGUCUACGAGGAUACGAGCCGGUACUACCGCCGGCCCCGGUCCCGCAUCUCCUCGGCCGAACUCCUCGGCUCGCAGGUCUUCGCGGUCUCUCCCUCUAUCCCGGAGAACCCGGCGCUGUCCGCGCAGUACGAGGGCGUCGGCGGCAGCUCGCUGUCCUCCUCGAGCGAGGCCAGCUCGGCGGACGCGGCGGACGCCGUGCACUGGGUCGAGGCCGUGCGCGUUGCCAACGCGAGCGUGGACUACUCUGUGCGUGAGGUGGAUAUGUACUACGGGCGGGCCAAGCAGGGCGAGGGCGACGAGGAGGAGCAGCGGCUGCGCGAGCCGGAGGAACCUGCAUCUUCAGCGUCGGAGCCGGCAUCGUCGUCGUCGUCGUCGUCAUCGCCGAACAUAAGGCGGAAGGUGUCGGAGCUGUGGAAGGAGUGGACUGCGAAGCCGGCCAAGGGAGGCGGCGAGGAGACAGGAUUCGUAGUGAUCCGGCCGCCGAGGACGGUGGCUCCGGGCCAAGCGCCGGUGCCGGCGCAGCCGCGGGAGGGGGAGUAG